AUGCGCGGUCUGCUGCUCCUGGUCACGUCGGCAGCGGCAUAUGGAGGCCGGCCGCUCGCUUUCACGACGGCGUCCAUCAAGAAGCGGAAGCUCGCCCAGGACCCGCCCCCAGAAGCCUCAGACAACCCCUCGUCGUCCGCCCCAGGGCCUGCGCAAAGGACGACCUUCGACCCGCCGCCGCCGUCAGCGUCGCCGCGCUCCUCUCCACACCCGCCCUCCGUCGGCAGCCGCGCCUCCGCCUCGCCGCCGCGCUACAUCCCGCCGCAUCUGCGCGACGAAGUCUUGGAGCCCGUCGCCGAGUCGGACGGUGCCUCCUGGGACAACACGGUCAGCGGCGGCAGCUCUCCCAGCGAGGCGUACGCUGGCCUGAGCUUGGAAAGCACGAGUAGACCCGGCGCGCCCGCAGGAGAUCGGCGUGGCUCCUCAGCAGCGCCAGACGGCUCCCGCUUGCAGAACACCCCCUCCGGCGCCUGUGUACGCUCGCCACCGCCCCGAUCAGCAUCCCCCGCAAAGCGAUCCGCCUCCGAGAUGGCUGGAGAGAACGACAGCAGGGAGCAGAUGGAGCUGGAGAACGGCACCGCGAGAGGCUCCUCGGUGGAUAUGCUCAGAGAUGAGCAGCCCCAGCCCAAGGACCAGACCAGCGGUGCCAGCUCGGAUACCGCCUCGACGUCCGUCAAUGAGUCCAACACCGUAAGCACCUCGGCCACCAGCGAUGCUGCGCCCUCACCGCCAAAUCCCAAGGACCAGUCUGCCACCAGCGCUACUGCAUCAGGCCUCUCACUUGAUGAGCAAGUCGUGCGGAUCAUGACGUUACACGAAGCUCUGCCCCAGGAUGGUCAGAAGGGCUAUGUGGUCAGCAUGUGGUGGCUGUCGCGUGUCCUCUCACGCGUGUCUGACAGCAAGCAAUUCGGACCAUUCGACAAGUCCGCUUCAGAGGGCGAGAUAGGACCCAUCAACAACGAGCCUCUCUUUGACCAAGAUGCCUCUGCCUGGGAGCAAGACCACGUCAGCGAGUCUUCUGGCCAGCUAUUCGUGCCCAUGAAGCCAGGCCUUCAGAUUGGCGAAGACUACGAAGUUUUUCCAGAGGGUGCAUGGAACUUGAUGGUCGAAUGGUAUGGCGUGAAGCCGGGUGUACCUCCCAUCAUCCGCUAUGCUCACGACACCGCGCCGCCCGGUUCUGGCAUGCAGAACGUUCAGUACGAAAUUUAUCCUCCGUUCAUUACGAUUCGCAAGUUGCGCAAUGACUCGGAACCUAUGACCGCUCAAAGAAUCAAGGAAAAUACUAGCAAUGCGGUCAGGCUGCUCUCAAGCCGGAGCGAGAAAUUUCAGAACUUCUUGAAAAGAGCAAAGGAGGCAGCCGGAAUCCCCGUGACCACAAAGGUUCAAAUUUGGAGAGUAUUGGAACCCAUCCAGACCGGAUCGGCGGGUCAGCAGGAACCUAAGGCGGAGGUGCUCACCCCGGCCACGUCCCGAAACAGCUCUCCCGCUAGGACGCCCCCGACUCCUCUGCUGAUUGACCUGGCAUCGUUCACAGCCAUGUCUGAGGGCACUCAGAGAGAAAUGGUUGACCACAAGGACGAGACAAACAACCCGAAAUACAACGGUAGCGUCAAGAUGGAUCUGGUUGGUUUGAACACUAGCCAAGUUCUUAUCUUAGAAGAACAAAUCGGCGGUCCUGCCGGCGGUGAGUUUGUCUCAGAUAAUGCGCGUAAGUCGGCGGCGAAACACGGCGUCUCACUCAGCACUGGUAAGAUCCCGGACUCCAAGGGGGACAGUGGACGCAGCAGCCCGGCGCCUGGAGGGCCCAUGACGCGUGGACGGACGAAGAACGGCAGGACACGUGGAACUGUUGGUCUGUCUAACUUGGGCAAUACCUGCUACAUGAACUCUGCUCUGCAGUGCAUCCGUAGCGUCGAGGAGCUCACUGCUUAUUUCAUGCAAAAUAAGUACAAAGAGGAACUUAAUGGAGAUAACCCGCUCGGCCAUGGAGGCUCUAUUGCAAAGGCAUAUGCGGGUUUGCUCGCGUCCAUCUAUGACGAGUCUUCUCCCACCUCUUUCGCGCCCAAGAACUUCAAGUAUGCACUCGGACGUGCACAGCCUAUGUUCUCCGGUUAUGGACAACAAGACUCGCAGGAGUUCCUCAGUUUCUUAGUGGACGGUCUUCAUGAGGAUUUGAACAGGAUCAUCAAGAAACCAUACAUUGAGAAUCCUGAUUCGGAUGACAAUACCCAUAAAGACCCGGAAGCCAUCAAGGCGCUUGGCGAAAAGUACCGCGAGAACCACCGUGCACGUAACGACUCGGUGGCCAUGGACCUGUUCAACGGUUUCUAUAAGAACACUAUGGUCUGUCCGGAGUGCGACAAAGUCAGCAUCACGUUCGACCCCUACUCCUCCCUCACUCUUCAGCUACCGAUCGAGAAGAACUGGCAACACAGCAUCUUCUUUGUGCCCUUGGUUGGCCGUCCUGUGCAAAUCGAUGUGGAUAUGGACCCUAAUAGGCCGCUCCGAGCUGUUAAGGAGUUCAUCGCCCAGCGCGUCCCGGGUGUUGACCCCAAGCGGAUAAUGAUGUCCGAGAUCUACAGCCACAAGUUCUACAAGCACUUUGAGGACAAACAAGCCAUAGUGGAAAGCAAUAUCCAGGAGCGCGAUGAGAUUGUUUGCUACGAACUGGACGAUGUCCCCACAAACUGGCCGCCUCCAAAGAGAUCUAGUAAACCCAGGUCCAUGCUUUCUUUCCACCACUCUGACGAUGAAGAAAUCCCCGACACGGACUCGCCCAUGGCGGAUAAGUUGGUGGUCCCUGUGUUCCAUCGGGUUCGCAAGUCUCCUUCUAACAAGUGGGAGGUGACCCUCUGGCCUUCUCACGUUCUCGUCACGCGCGAGCAAGCGAAGGACUCUGACGAAAUUCUGCGUAAGAUUAUCGGUAGAGUGGCUGGAAUGACCACCAGGGAAAUUCUUGAGGAGGGUUCGUCUUCGCCACGGGAUGAGUCUGACACCGUGGUGACGGCUGACGAGGAUGCGUCAUCUAAUGCGGAUGGUCGUGUCCAGGCCAACUCCGUUGAGGGUGAUGAGAGCAUCGUGGAUGUUACCAUGACCGAGCCUGGUGAAGCGGAGAAGACCAACUCUGAUGGAAACACUGACGGUGAUGUGACAAUGCAAGAACAGAGCUCAUUGCCGUCGGUGCUGCAGCCUGGUGGCUUCAUUGCCCCUGAACUUCGGAGGCUGUUCACCCUGAAGUACACGAAGCCUGGCAACGAUAUUCUUCCGACGGGCUGGAGCGGGCUUGAUUCCAGGGAACUAGCCACUCUGGACUCUCGCAUUCCAGCACCCCCGAGCCGCCGAUCCUCCAUCCAGUCUACUGCCAGCGGUGCCAGCAGGUCUACCCAAGGCACCCAGCGCUCUGAUACUCCCGAAAGCGACGUCGACGAGGAGACGCCUCAGUUCUCCAACACCAUGGAGUCAUUUGAGGCCGAACCGAGCGAAGACGAGCUUGCAGGCGUAUCAAACAAGCAUGCAAACCGUCAGAAGUUCCAGAACAAGCAGGCCAGAAGAGUAAAGGGCAAGAAGGGCAGGAAGAUGAAGACCUACUCUCGGAAAGAUCGCCGCGCCGGUGCCAACGUUAGAGCCAACUCUGAGCCUGUGUCUGAGCCUGAUGGCGAGCCCAUGCUCAUCCGUCCUGGUGAAGUCAUCAUCGUGGACUGGGAGAGUGAGAGCUUUGAUGCGCUCUUCGGCGGUAAAGUCUCAGACAAGAACGGCCUGCGUGGCAUGGGCACGUGGGAUCUGACCGAGACUCUACCCGACCCUGAGCUCACGGAAAAGAAGAAGAAGCGGGCUGCGCGGAAGAAGUCAGGCAUCACGCUCGAAGACUGCUUUGCGGAAACUGCAAAGACUGAGAUUCUUUCUGAGGAGAAUGCUUGGUACUGCAACCGCUGCAAGGAGCUUCGCAGGGCAAGCAAGACCCUCGAGAUCUGGACGGCUCCAGACAUUCUCGUAGUCCACCUCAAGCGAUUUGGUGCCAACCGUGGCUUCAGGGACAAGGUUGACAUCCUCGUCGAUUUCCCCAUCGAAGGGUUGGAUAUCACCGAGCGUGUGGGUCUCAGUGAAGGCAAGCCUUUGGUCUACGACCUUUUUGCAGUGGAUAACCAUUUUGGUGGCCUCGGUGGAGGACACUACACUGCUGUGGCAAAGAACUUCUACGACGGGCAGUGGUACGACUACAAUGAUUCGAUGGUCAGCAAGAAGAGCCCUUCGAACAUCGUCAACAGCAGCGCAUACCUGCUCUUCUACCGCCGUCGCCGCACCGACGACACCCCUUUAGGCCCGCCCUACUUGCAGGACAUCGUCCGGCAGGCGUUCGCUCCCGCAUCUGAUUCCGGUGAAGACUCGCCGUCGGGAAACGGCCGGCGUCUCGGCGGCUCAUCCCCGAAUGGGUCGCCGAGAGACUCGAGCGCAGCAGGAGCUGGUCCCCAGCGCGCGGCUGGUUCGGUUGGCGUGACGACGACAACGACAGCCUUGACGAAUGAUGAUGAUGAUGACGAUGACGCCCCGCCGCCAUAUGAAGAUGAUGAGGGCGUCUCCAUGGAUAUCACCAGUGGACCCAGCACCAAGGCCAUCGGGCUCCUCCCCGCAGCCAGUGAGCCCUCUUGGGGCUGGCCCACUGCAACGCACCAGAUGGAUGGCGCAGCUGACGAUGAUAACACAGAUGUGGCGAGCGACGUCGCCGCCAUGCCCGAGUCGGCUGGCAGCGACAUCGAGAACCGCAUGCUGGACUUUGAGGGGGAAGAUGGCUUGCUCUCCGGACCCGGUAACGUUACCCCUGUAGACUCGGAUCACGAGGGCGGCAACGGCAUGGAGGGCCCGCCCGCGCUGCUGAACGUUGGCGCGGACUUGGAGGCCGCGGAGGCUGAAAUGCCGGACUUGGACGAUGUGGCGGAGGUUAGGGUAGACGAGAAGGAUGUCAAGGUGGACUAG